AUGGGCAGCGUCCAGCCAACGAGCACCGACCCUGAGGAUACCAACUUCUCAAGGCUAGAGGCGUCCUUCUCGCAGACGGAGGUUCUUCCUCGAAGGAAUUCGAUUGAGAUGAAGGAUAUCUUUCGUCAUGCUCGAGCAAGCGAUUUAGAAGCCAAGGAUCUCGACUUUAACUUCAGCUUAGACCGCAGUAACUAUCCUCUCGGUAACCUCCAGUCCCUCCAGGACGUCUUUCCAGCGGUGCAGCAUGACACGCAUUUGAAAAACCCUCGGAACUUUUCCGACGAGACUGAAAUCAUGUGUCUGGACGUGAAUGAAGAUACCGCAUCUUGCAAUACGCUUGAUUCGCGUGGGUUGGCUCAACUCCUGCGGGUAGGAGCAUCUGUUCCACCAGACGAAACGGAGCUGAUGCGCAGCUUCGUCCCUCUUAUACCAGAGAAGCAUACUUCGUUUGCAAGUCGGAUAUCAAUGACUCAAGACAGCACAAUGGACCUUUUCAAGUACCUGAACGCUGAUCCGUCAUUUAUUAUGAACUUGCUGGGAAGACCGGACUACUGGGCGCCGCAGACACGAUGGACGUCCGAUAGGAAUAGUAACAUAUUAGCCUGUGAUUUCUACUGUCAACAUCCCCGCUGGAACUUGCACUUUCAAGGAGCACCUCUAUCAGUAUAUGUGCGUUAUGAUGCGGCAUUGCAUCUCACGACCUAUAUCAUUUCCCACAAGGAAGGAGACUCGAGUAUCCAAGCCCUGCAGAACAUUCUCAAUCUGGCGAUAAAAACGGCAUCGGCAGAGCAAAGGGCAGGAAUCCUGCUUGACGAUCCGUUCGAUCUCGCCGUCAUCCUUUCAACAUUAUCCUUCGAGGCCUCGAAAUAUCACGUCCACCGAUUCCGGCGAUACAUGUGGACCCAGAUUAACAAGGUCGACGACCAUCUCGCGGGGCUCGAAGCCAACGAUCGCCGCAGGUUAGGAGAACUAACAAAAGAACUGCAAAUCAUAUCCCAAAAUGCGGAUUCGCAUCUGGGCAACGCCGACGUCGCGAUCAUCACAGCCACUGCGAUCCGCACGGCGCAUGCUCGCUUGCAUGAAGCCAUGUGUAGCCCGGCCCGGGUGUUUGAGCGCGCAUCCGACUCGAUCACGUAUGUCAUUGAGUCCAUGCAGAAGCAGAAGAUAUGGUUCCUCAACUACAAGAACCGCAAAGACAGCACGAUGGCGCUGGUGUAUAACCUCGUGACGCAGCAGGAUGCAGCGAGUAACAUCCAAUUGGCGGCGAGCAUGAAACGGGAUAGUACCAGCAUGAAUGCGAUUGCUGCGUUGACAAUGGUCUUUUUACCGGGGACAUUCAUCGCGACAAUCCUAAGCGCCGGGAGCUCCAACGGUGGCGCUUAUAACACAGGGUUUGAAUCGAUAUCGGUAUGGUGGCUAUGGGCUGCGAUAACAGUGCCUCUCACGCUGGUUGUUAUGUCCAGUUGGUGGCUCUAUAAGAAGCGAAAUGACCAGGUGCGCCCAGCGCCGAUGGCUGAGAAGGAGGAGAAUCGGAUCCGACCACCGAAGAGAGGAACGUUCCGCUCUAUGAGUUUCUCGUCAUGGAGCCGACGAGACAGUGCUUCUGGCAAGGUAUGA